ACGUCUAGUAUCUGUUGAUUAAUACAUUGAUCAUGUCGGGUCGUGGUAAAGGUGGUAAAGUUAAGGGCAAGGCGAAGUCUCGUUCAAAUAGAGCGGGAUUGCAGUUUCCCGUUGGACGUAUCCAUCGUUUGUUGCGAAAGGGAAAUUACGCCGAACGAGUAGGAGCGGGAGCACCCGUUUAUCUGGCAGCCGUGAUGGAAUAUCUCGCUGCUGAAGUAUUGGAAUUGGCCGGUAACGCCGCUAGAGACAACAAGAAGACUAGGAUCAUUCCACGCCAUCUUCAGUUGGCCAUUAGAAACGACGAAGAAUUGAACAAGUUACUCUCUGGAGUAACUAUCGCCCAGGGUGGAGUUUUACCAAAUAUCCAAGCGGUACUUUUGCCGAAAAAAACCGAAAAGAAAUCGUAAAUAAUUCGCAGCACGAUCUAUCGAAAGGCCCUUUUCAGGGCCACAA